GGUGUGUCUCUGUGUGUGUGUGUGUGUGCCUUCUUUCGCUGUGUGUGUGUGAGUGAUGUGUCUAGUUCCAGGCCUACCCACAAUUUUUUCGUUACGUUAGUGGGUGAUAGAUCAUUUGGGUUGCUAGCAUGCUUCGUUUUGUUGUAUGGGUACUGAGUUUUGUAGUUUUUGAUUGAGUCAUAUUGGGAGGAAUCUGGUGCAGGGUGCAGGGUUGAUCAGCGUGAAUCGUUUUUUUUUUUUUUUUUGGAUUUGGGUUUGGUUUUUUGUUGUGGGAGAGAGGAAUUUUUGGGUGAGUGAUUGUUUGAGUUGAUUAGGAGUUGAAAUUGAGGUGUGAGGGAGGUGGGUGUGAUGAGAAGAGGCGUGCGAUUAGUGUUGUGGAAGAGACGGAUUUUCAGGGUUGAUGUCAUCUUCGCGUCCCGUGUUGAUGGGGUUGGUGGUAUUGAAGACGUGGAUUUGGAGGAGGAAGGGAGGAGAGGAGUGUACGAGGAACUAUGAUGAAGUCAUUGCAAUGACCAGAGGUCGAUUCUAGACGAUGCAUGAGGAGCACUGAAGAAGUCUGUAGCCUGCAGCGUAGAUUACUGAGCUAGGUUUUGCAGCAAUUCCAAAGAGCUUCGGAGUGGAAAAUUGUGCAAUUUUGUGAUCUCGUGUGAUAAUGGAGGUGCCGCCAAGUUGCGAAAAUCAGCUGGGGAGAAACAAUUAGGGGAUUAAUGACAGGGGCACAGGUUUCAUAAGGUUUGCGGCAUACUUUGGGAAUUGGCUAAUUCAGAGCUCAUGUGAUAGAAAUUGUGUCUGAAGUAGCCUUGUGAAAUCUAUUGGUGCUGCUGAGUGUUUUCUACAAUGCAUGCCGUGGAGCAUGUGUCAGGGAGAGAGUGCUCAUUAAAGAGACUGAAUCGUGCUAGGGUGGAGUGUGCUCCUGAUAUUUACACUGGCUAAUACGAUAAUUGCGACGGAGGCGAUGGAGGAGAUCGACUUGGAAAUGGGACCAGGUUACGAAGAUGCGACCCAUUUCGACCCAGUAGCCAACCAGAACUUGGCACUCAUCUCUGUAGGGGAACAUGGAUUGAAGCCAACUCCACGGAAGAAGAAAAAAGUUGUCAAGAGGUGGCGCGAUGAGUGGGCAGAGACUUACAAAUGGGCUUACGUCUCGGUCCAUGAGGGCUCCCAUCGCAUAUUCUGCUCUGUAUGUAAGGAGUAUGGAAGGAAGCACCGACGCAAUCCGUAUGGCAAUGAAGGCAGCCGUAACAUGCAAAUGAGUGCCCUUGAGGAGCACAACAAUAGUCUUUUGCAUAAAGAGGCUCUUCGCUUACAGAUGGCUUCCCGUGACAAAGGGAUGGGAGUUAUAGAGCGUCCUCUCUAUGUUAAGGAUAUGACAAGACAAUGGACAAACGAAGGCUAUUUUCAACAUACCGUGUCCUCAUUGCAGUAUCUAUUCUAUCAGCUAUCUUGCGGCGAGAUCCGCAUGAAAUGGAAUUCAUACAAUCAGUUCAAGAAGUUGUGCAUUCAUUGGAGCCUGUUCUCACAAAAUAUCCACAAGCGCUUAGUGGAGCCGGAAAGAGUGGUUAUCUUCAAAGUCUCUUGGGUGGACGACAAGGGAGAAGCACAUGUGAAUCGUGGUUUCAGGGUUCAGUUCAACCAAGCCCUUGGACCUUACAAAGGCGGCCUUCGCUUUCAUCCAACCGUCAAUCUCAGUGUUAUGAAGUUCCUUGCUUUUGAACAGACAUUGAAGAAUUCUCUUUCAUCUCUCAGCUUGGGUGGUGGUAAGGGCGGCAGUGACUUCAACCCCAAAGGAAAAAGUGAGAAUGAGAUCAUGCGGUUCUGUUACAGCUUCAUGGAAGAACUGUAUAGGCAUAUUGGACCUAACCAAGUUCCUAUCUUUGACACUCCAUCUGGAGACAUUGGAGUCGGACCACGUGAAAUUGGUUAUCUAUUUGGCCAAUAUAGGCGUCUGACGAGCCAAUACGAGGGUAUGUUAGGUCCCAAAGGGAUUCAAUGGGGCACAUCCAAUCUGCAUCCAGAGGCUACUGGUUAUGGCGUGGUAUAUUAUGCUAAGGAGGUGCUUACUGAUUUACACAGAGAUUUGAAAGACCUCAGGUGUGUUGUGAGCGGUGCUGGGAAAGUGGCGUUGUAUGCGGUGGAGAAACUGAUCUCUUUUGGGGCAGUUCCAGUAACCAUCUCAGAUACAAGAGGUUAUCUGCUUGAUGAAGAAGGAUUUGAUCGUGUCAAACUUAGUCUCAUUCGCGAAAUAAAAGCCCACAACAAGAACCUGAGAGAAUACACCAAAAGUUACCCGAAAGCAAAGUAUCUGGAUGACACAAAGCCUUGGGCAGUGAAGUGUGAUAUAGCUUUUCCUUGUGCAACACAGAAUGAGCUCAAUCACGCUGAUGCCAUGUCCCUCAUUAAUGUUGGAUGUCAAAUUAUCAUAGAAGGGGCUAAUAUGCCAUGUACAGCUGAAGCGAUUGAUAUAUUUCGUAAGUCCAAAAUAUGGUUUGGUCCUGGAAAAGCUGCAAAUGCUGGAGGGGUAGCCAUUCAAGGUUUGGAGAUGGCGCAAAACAGUUCACGUGUUCAAUGGACAGCUGAAGAAGUUGACAUGAGACUACAAGAGGUCAUGAAAGACAUAUACCAAAAAUCCAUGAAGGCUGCCCAAGAGUACGGAAUUGGAAAUCCAGAGGCAUUACUUCAUGGAGCCAACAUUGCGAGCUUUUUACGAGUUGCUCAAGCAAUGCUGGAACAAGGUUGUGUUUAAAGCUGUGCAGAUUUCAGCUGUUAGGUCCAGCCCCCUCCCUGACCUGUGGGUUCCCUCAACCUCAACGAAAAAUAAUUGUUCAUGACUUAGUCGUUGCUGCAGGUGUCACCAUCUUUCAAACAAGCUUGAGUUUCACAUGUCGUGCUCUGAGAGCGACGACAGGGCUUACAAGCUGGAUGUGCAGAUGGAAAGAUGUGUGAUGGGUCAGGGUUGGGACUGAGGUUUGAAGAGAAGCAAUUCUGGUGGAGCACCCAAACCCUGAUACGAAUUGGCCAUGUGCACUAUGGGAGGAUACUGUUCCUGGACUCAAAUGUAUGAAGUGCACACUGCGUUUUGAUGUGAAUCUUUUUUAAUUACACUCAAGGAUUCUUCAGUAUAGUCAGGGAUAGCGUUUGGCAAAUGGUUGGUAGGGUGUAAGAUGAAUAACAUAAUGUGUGGAGGAUUCCAGGUAGUCACCAGGAAACUAGUAGUGUUUAGCAGGUCGUACUUAUCCAAACAGGUUUUAAGUAGGUUAUGGACACGGUUAUGGAUGCAAUGGGACUGAGGUAAUUGCUGUAGCAUAUUCACCAAUUGAAAGCAAUAUUGCGACAGAAGUGUGUACAA